CAGCGGCGCGCAGGCGGCGCAGGGCCGGUGAGAGUCUCAGGACCGAUGGCGGAAAAGAGCCUAGGCACCGAGUUCCCGGAGCCUCCCGGCGUGGCGCGGAGUGCCGCGCUCAUGCAGCACUUCGCCGCACGGCUGGGCGCCCAGGGCCGGCGGGUGGUGCUCAUCACGUCGGGCGGCACCAAGGUGCCCCUGGAGGCGCGCCCCGUGCGCUUCCUGGACAACUUCAGCAGCGGGCGGCGCGGCGCGGCUUCGGCCGAGAGCUUUCUGCGCGCCGGCUAUGGGGUGCUGUUCCUGUACCGCGCGCGCUCCGCCUUCCCCUUCGCGCACCACUUCCCGCCGCAGACCUGGCUCGCGGCGCUGCGGCCCGCCCGGGGCGAGACCGAGGGCCCCGAAGGCCGCCUGCUCUUAGAGGCCGAGGCCGCCGCGCUGCCGGGCUUCGCCGAAGCUCUGCUCAGCUACCAGGAGGCCGCCGAAGCCGGCACCUUCCUGGCCGUGGAGUUCGCCACCCUGAACGACUACCUGCACCUGCUGCAGGCCGCGGCCCAAGCGCUCAGCCCGCUCGGCUCCUCUGCAAUGUUUUACCUUGCUGCGGCUGUGUCGGAUUUCUACGUGCCUGCCAAUGAAAUGCCUGAGCAUAAGAUCCAGUCCUCUGGAGGCGCUUUGCAGAUAACAAUGAAGAUGGUGCCAAAAAUGCUUUCUCCUCUUGUUAAAGAUUGGGCUCCCAAAGCAUUUGUAAUUUCCUUUAAGUUGGAGACAAACCCCUCCAUUGUAAUUGAUCAUGCCCGGAAGGCUCUGGAAACUUAUCGUCAUCAGGUUGUAGUGGCCAAUAUCCUCGAAUCUCGGAGGUCCUGUGUGGUUAUUGUAACCAAAGACUCAGAAACACAGUUGUCUCUUUCUGACGAAGAAAUGGAAAAAGGUAUGGAAAUAGAAGAAAAGAUUGUGAGUAACCUACAGUCCCGACACAUAGCUUUUAUAAAUGAGAAAAACUGAGACAAAGAGUUUGUUUCCCAAAUCCAAAGCUUGAAUAACAGGGUGGUACAGAGAAAUGGAAAUCAUUUCAUUAGGAAAAGGAAAAUCUGUAGGAAGGUGAAAAGAAUGUUGGAAUAGAAAGGGAAUAUUUAAUUUCAAGACAAUUUGAUUUUUGUCUUUUGAUGGUAUUUGAUGCUUAUUAAAAAUGAAAAUUAAGGCAGACUAGUUCUGGUUUUAUAUGACUAAACUUGCCACUUCAAGUGGGAAAAGGAAUAAAGGGGAUAUAGUUCUCAUUUUCUAUAUAAAAUAUUUUACUGCAAGCUAAGUAACAGUCUCAACAAAAAAAAAAUCCAAGGACAGAAGGAAUAAAAGCCCAGAUAAAACCAUAAACUCCAAACUUUUUAUAUUUUGAUUAAAACGUGUCCAUGUACAUAAACUUUAACAAAGUAAUUUUUUUUGUUCUGUGUUCUUUUAGUGUCUUCCAUCUGUGUAAUUAAAAGUUUUGUUGCUUUUCAAAUAUGAUAGUGAUUGAUAUUUAUUAUAUUAAAGUGAGGUGAGAUACCACCUUAUACCCAUCAAAAAUUGGCAAAAAUAGUUUAAAAUUAUAAAACUCAAUAUUGGCACAACUGUGGGCAAACAAGUAUGGCAUUAAAUUGUAGAUAUCACUGUCUGCUCUUUCCAUGUUUCUUUGUAUUCUUUAAUUCCCGCUCCCUCUGGUCUCUUACCAUGAUUUAUUCCACCAUUUUCCAUUUGGUUAUAGAGGAGAUUUUCAGUUAAAGUACAGUUAUCCCUUCCACAUUGAGACUUUCCCCAUUGAGGUUUUGAUAUAUUGGGGGUUGGCAUAAGAAAUUAAAUGGGAAUUUUGGGGGGAGUUUUGCAGAAGUCAGCAGAUGACACAGAGCCUGUCACCAAAUACUUAACCAUAUUUUACAGUAAGGUAUUGUAAACACCCCAUAAAAGAAAAAGAAAAUAUUCAAGUUUUUUAUCUGCCAUGAAGGGAGGGCCAACAAUUCUUAUGUGGAUUUUCCAGAUUGCAGGAAUGCUGUCCCCUUACCCUCCACCUUCCUGCGUGUGGAAGGGAUAGCUGUAGUUAUGAAUACUUUAAACACAACCAUAAUUUUUUUUUCCCUUUUAAUAAUGCCCUUAGGUAUAGUUCUUGAAAUGACACCACUUGAUCAAGGGGUAUGAUCCCUUUUGUGAGUCAUACUGUAUAUAUUUUUAAAGUAGUAUUUUAUUUUUUCCAAUUACACAUAAAGACAAUUUUUAAUAUUCAUUUAAAAAAAUUUUGAGUUCCAAAUUUUUUUCCCUCCUUCUGUCACCUCCUCCCCCCUUAAAAUGGUAAGCAGUUUGAUAUAGGUUAUAUGUGGCAUCACAUUGCAAUUGUUUUUGCAAUAUUAAAACAAGAUUGCACCAGUUCACAGCUCUGCCAACAUUGUCAGUGUUUCAUUUUCUCUGCAGCCCUACAAACAUUGAAUUUGGUAAUUUUUAAUGAUCUUUGCUAAUUUGUUGGGUACAUGGUGGUAUCCCUUUACACUUCUAUUUUCAAAAAGGUUUAACUGGGAAUCAAUCGUUUCCCCUAAAAACACACUUUGUCCAUCUUACAAACAAGGAAGCAUUUGAUUCAUGAGUGGUCACAGUUUCAUCAGUGUGUGCACAAAAGAUAACCCAGUUGUAAGUGUGGCAUUUGGCAGAGCUUGUUUCAUAGAGCUAUGAUGUGAGAAUUCACCAGUUAUUGGACCUUUUUAUUUUGAAAGUAACUUUUUCCGUCCCUGAAUCCAUCACUGAGCACAAUGUCUCAAAAGCUAUUGAUGCUUUAUGUUCAGUAUGUCUCAUGCACAGAAACUGUUAGCCAGCCAAGCAGGCAGCUGUGACAUCAGUGCCCUUAGAGUUACACUUUCAGGAUCCUUUAGCUUCAAUCACUACAUGCUGGAGUGUCUGGGGAGGAGGGGAGGCCCUACUAAAGUUAUGGGGCUUUGGCCUGGGCCCUAACCGGGCCUGGAGCAGGGGUUUAGGAUCAUCAGACUUAAAGCAUUCCCUAUGUAAUCCAGCUCACAGUAGUAGUCCCAAGUGCAAGGCUCCCAGAAACCUGAAACUAUUGCCCUGAUUUAUAAAUUGGGAAAUUGAGGCUUCUGUGAGAUGAUUAUGUAAGUGUAUUUUUUUUUCUGUUCCUUAAUUCAAUUUUAAUUGCAAAGCAGGAUGAUCAAUUCUUAACUUUGGUUAUACAUUUAACCAAUGACUUUGAAAGAAAGUAGUGCUCUACUGAUAAUCUUUCCAUCCCUACCCACCUUACCCACCAUUAAAAAGUUGGGAACGACUUGAGCACCUGGAGUUGGUCUGGUUACAUCUGUGCCCAACCAAAACUGCAGUGUGGCCUAGAAGCAGGAAAGGAUUCAGCAGGUACUAAUCAGAGCCGAGAGGCUUCGUGUAAUGGCUGGAGAGAGAGCUGGGUUCUGGUCUUGCCUCUGACACAUGCACUUUGUGGUUUGGGACGAGUUAUUUGGUCUCUCAAUGCCCUGGGCCAGACUCCAAGACUAUUUGCAGAGAAGGUGGAGGACAGUCAGGUGCUCCCUCUGCCAGUGAAAUCACAGAUACAUUUUUUUUUAAUUGAUCACCUACUGUAUGCAAGGCCUUAUACCUGGUGCCAUGUGUAAUACAGGGUGGAGGGAGCCUAAAGCCUAAUAGAAAAGAGAAGCCUUGAUGUCAGAGUACAUUGAGGCACAAAAUGGGGUGGUUUCAGGAGAGGGACUGCUGGCUAGCUGGGGACUUCAUAACUAAUUGACAAGUUAGUUACAGGUUGCUAGGCUGCUGUUACAGGAGGGAAGGACAACACAUUUCCCAGACCAGCAUCUUCUUCUCUCUAGACCAGCUUGGGUCGGUAGUGUCUUAUCCACAUACCUAGUUUGUCUUAUUAGUUUGCCUAUGUUGCCCACUGUUGGCACAAGAAUUAGAGGACCAUUUCUGGCCACUACUUCUUCCAAAGUAGGGUUUUAACCCAGACUCUUAAAAAGUGAAGGCAGGCUCAAGUUAAUUUUUACAUUUUAAAUUUGCUUGAGGUUGCAAAAGCUUGCACAUAAUUGAACCAUGAUUGCUUGGAACCUUAGCAUUAUUCCUUGGAACCUUGGAAAGGACCUUAAAGAUGAACCAGCCCAAACCCCUCAUUUUACAGAUUAGGAAAUUGGGGCCUAGAAAGGGAAAGAAACUCAGCACAGUGUUCAUGUCAGAUCUCCUAAUUCCCACUUAAGUGUAUGGUUUAUACCGGCUACCUCCCCUAAGCUUUUAUUGAGCUCUCCGAGGAAAUGGAUCCUGAAAUUCUAAGACCUUCGGAUGUAAAACCCUUCCCCAGGAAUGUGGGCAUGCACUGUCUUUUGCCAUUGUUCCACCUAUUUCCAACUUGGUUGCCAUUGCCUCCAGGAAGCCUUCCCUGAACCCUGUCCUGUUAUAACGAGACUUCCCACUUGGACUUUGAAUAGCACUUUGCACCUCUAUUAUGCACUUUUUGUGUAAUGUGUGUUGUAAUUAAUUACCUGUGUCCUCUACCUGCUAGACUCUGGUCAUAGAAUCUGAGUGUGAGUCUUGGCUCUGACGCUUUCAUUUUGUGACCCCGGGCAAGUCACUCAACCCCUAUGUGCCUGAGUUUCCUCUUUUUCUAAAUGGGGAUAUUUGUAUUACCUACCUCACAGGGUUGUUGUGAGGAAAGCCCUUUGUAAAUCUUAAAGCAUUAUGUAAAUUAUUAUUCUCAUUACACACAGUACUACAUGCUCUCGGGGCCAGGAAAGAGCCCCUUGGAGAAUCCCCUGAGCACACUCAUAGAUUUUCUUCCCCUAUCGGGGACUUAGCCAACUUGCAAGUAUUUAUUAAGCAACUACUCUGUGCCAGGCACUAUUCCAGGUCUUAGAGAUACCAAUAUUAAAAUGAAAGCCUCACUCCCUGGGAGCCUUUUAUUCUACAUAGGAAACAACAUGUAUACAUGUAAGAAAAUAAAAACUACAAACCGAGUAGUUGGAUGGCACGCCAGUUGCUGUUGCACAUCAGGGAGAAUUUUGAAGGGAGCUGGGGAUUCUAAGUGGGAGAUGAGAGGGGAAUGCGUUCCAGGCGGGAGUGAGAACCUUUGCAAAGGCCAGGUCUGGACCUCACAGAACCAAAUGACCCUCACUUGGGGUUUCCAUAACCAAAGGGCCUUUGGCUCCUCCCGUUGCUUGCUGUCCCAUCCCUUUUCCACCCACUCUACUAGAAUCAUCCCAUACCAACUCCUCCAACUGCCCCUCACUAUACUUCCUUUUAUAGGCUCACAUUUCUGCUCAUGAGGCUGUUUGCUGGUCGCAGUUCUGUGAAACCAGCUCCUAAGCAUCUCUAUUCUCCUCUCUCCUCUUCCUAGUAAUUACUAUUUACUCCCCACCAGUUCUGACCCUGACCUCUUUGUAAUCUCCUGCCCAUUUACCAAAGGAGCAAGCAAGGCCAGGAAAAGAAUUGGAAGGAGGCCCAGAGUUACUACCACUCCUUGAUCCAGAUGGAUUACAAUGCUGUAGCCACCCCUUUCUGCCUUCUUGUCCUAUGCAAUUUCUUCCCAUGACCUUCUAUAAAUGCAACGUGCACCCAGAGCACUGGAGGCCUUUCUCUGUUAGGUUAUUCCUCCUGUAGUAUAUCUGCUUAUUGGACAAGGAUAUCACUUGUAUACAGAACCACACAGUGUCAUAGUUGGAAGGGACCCUGAUGAUUCUUACUUGAAAAAGAACUCCAUGCAAAACCUGUCCCUCUAGUGGUCAGCUAGCCUUUCUUGGAGACCUCCAAUGAAAGGGAACUUGCUGCCGCUGUGGGAAAUGGCCCAUUUCACUUUGGGAUAGCUUUCUGUUGUGAUGCCUACAUUUGCCUUUCAGUGUCCACAUGCUGCUCCUAAUUCUGACCUCUGGAACAAGUCAAAUCCCUGUUGUAGGUAACAGUACUUAAAAUACUUCAGAACAGCCAUUAAGACCCCCAAAGCCUUCUCUUCAAGAUGACCAGUUUCAUAUUAAGUGCCUACUGUGUGCAACUCACCUUUAUAAUUCUUUACAUCCCCUGCUGUAAAAAAUUUCUUGAUCUCAGUCCCCACACCCCAACUCUCCUAUCCAUUUAACCCACCAUCAUUCCUGUCCUGCGUUGUCUAAUUACUAUUUUUCCAUUCUGUAGCUAGGUCCGUAUCCAAGACUCCCAAGGUAACAGGAACAAGAAGGUAGACUAUGAGUUUAAUUUGUAUUUAAGACAGUUGAAAAAAACUGGGCCUUAUCACUGUAUUGAAUAGAUAAUUGGUUUGUAAUAAUGCUCAUCGUGUGGUGCUGCUGUAUGUAUAACAUGCUAAAAGUACAGCAGGAACUGUGGAGAAAUGAUUGAAACAUGUUUGAAAGGACCAGGAUGUUGGGUUCUAGAGAGACUCAACUUAGUAAAUGUUUGUUGAAUGAAUGAAUGAAUGAAUGUAUUAGCUCCAUAAUGGCCCAGAAAAGUCACUCAGGCCAAGGUGGCAGCUUGUCCUGAAAGUCAUUAAGUCCAAAGCAGAUUGUACCUCAGGAGACAAGCAGAUGGGUGUCUGUCUCUAGGUGGCUUUGUAGAAAUCCUACCCAAUGAACAGCCGAGGGACCAGUAGUCCAAAUGGGAGAGCACCCACCUUUAAAAUGCCACAUAAACAAUAUCCUUUCAAUGCUGCAAAAGCUUUGCAAUCAAUGCUGAUGUGAUAAAGCUGUCUAUAGCUUUCCAGUGAAAUGGCAGAAUUCUUGUUAUAUUACUAUAACCCAUACUUGUAUCAAAAGCUUUCCAGUGUCAUGUGGAUGAUACAUAUAUGCCUUGUCUUAUUCUGAGUCUCUAAUAAAUGCCUUUGAGAUUUGAAA